GGCCUUUACAUCUCCCGCCAGCCUAUAAGGGGAAGUCCUUCUUCACAUUGGCACGGAGGGUCCCAUUUGCAACACUCAAGCGGCAUUGAAAUUGUCCUUCUGCAAAAAUAGGGAAAACACAAAUUGGCAAGUAGCUCAUUUGUAUGGCCUGCAGAAGGGACUAGAGCUGGCAAAAUAACACAGCAGAUCUUAUUAGCGGUUUCCUUGUUAGAAAGUGCCUCGCGGAAUUCCCUUCUGCCUUUCAAAGUGUGUCUAAAUGAUGAGAGGGCAAAUGGGGAGUUUAGCUGGAAGUUCUUCAGACAAGAUCCUCUGCAGCUGGAUCGUCAUCCUUGUGGGCUUGUUCCUUCUGUCAGAAGCUGCUUCUCUGAAAGGAAAGCAACUGGUCCUGUCUGGACAGACACAGAAAUACCCCUCCUUGGCCGGCCGCGUUGCCCAAGGCUUGCACAUAUUUACCGUGUGCAUCUAUCUGAACAAGACCAAUAAUAGUGUGGGCACUUGGGCGGCCUUUUCUUAUGACAUCAGCAGUUCCUCCAGGGACCCCAAAGAUGUGGAGCUGGCUUUGUUUGCCAAUAACUAUACCCUGCAAAUGUCCCUUUUCGGCACCCUGGUUGAUUUGGGGAAAGAUCUCCUGGUCCCCAAGAUGCACCAGAUGUGCUGUGUGUGGGACGGGAACAAGAGCUUGCUCGAGGUCUUCCAUGACGGGGGCAGGAUGAUGAGCAAGGAGCUCCCUGAGCUCAGCCGCAAGUACCUGAAGCCUCGUGGGACUUUUGUGAUUGGCUGCCUCCCCAAGAAGCAGGCUGAAGACAUCCGCUUCGUGGGCACCCUGCAUUAUUUCCAAAUGUGGAGUUCCGUGCUGGAGGAGCAGCAGAUGAAGAAGUGUUCCUCUGGAGAUGUUGUUAGCUGGGAAGGCGAUUACUGGUCCUUGAACGGCGCAACACUUGAGUCGGACCAUCGCCAAGAUUGUGGGUCACGUGACUUUAACUAUACAUCUUUAGCUCCACCACUGACAAGCAAAGCCCCUGAUCCCUCAGUCACAGUGUCUCCUUCCAGGUCUGAUGAAGCCACACCCAAAGCAGAACCAACAACAUCAGCAGCUGAUGGGGUUCCUUCUAACUCUUAUGUGAAAAUACCAACCUCUGACAGAGAUGGAACAACACAUCAACAGGAGUUGACUGCAUCCACCUCUCGACCCGAUGGAGCUACCCCUCCGGGCGUCGCAACUCAACCCACCUGGUACAUACCAACUUCUCAGUAUGCUGAGACAGCUCCCAAAAGCACCUGGACUGUGCCCACCUCCAAACCUACCCAAGUUUCUUCAACCUCUAGAUACGAUGGGGCGACACAUCAGGCUUCUGAAACCGUAUCUGUUCCUCAUCUUACCAAUACAAAACUUAUCACUGAAUCGAAAGCAUCAACCAUUGAUAUAAAUGCCAAGACCACGCUGGAGACUUUUUGGUCUACACCAGCACCCACAGGAACCAUGCCAGAUUCAGUAACGUUCUAUAACAUCCAGAUGAACUUCUCUGUGUUCUCCAAUCCUCCAGAGACAUUUGAUUACUAUGAUGUUAAGAAGCUCUCAACAAACUGGUUGAUGAGUUUAUUCCGUGGUCCUGAAUUUGUUGUUACAAACCAUAACAUCAAGGCAAACGCUCGAGUCCCUAUUCCACAAAGGAGGGAGCGCAUGAGAACUGGGAGAGAUGAGAAGCAGGGUCCUGAAAGCUUUUCCUCAAAGUCUGUCAUCAAGGCCACAUCUGCCCAACCCAGAGAAAACAUCAGGAGAAGGUUACAGGUUGCCUUGAAUGGCAGUCAUACUGAGAAGCCUCUUUCAAUGGAAUCUAAAGAUGUCGCCGUUGUUUACUUAGACCCAAAGAUGUGCUCUCAGCACACACCGCCAUCCAAAUACAAGGGGACCUAUGAGUGGCAGGAUACAGCUCCUGCCACUGUGGCAUCUCAGCCCUGCAAGAUGAACGGAGACCAAUUUGCUACCAGAGCGUGGUGAGUUGUGGGUCCUUCUCUCUUCUUCCUCAACCUCAACACAUUUCACCUGUAUGAAUGCAUUUAUACCCCACCUUUCUGUGAAGGUUCAUAAGGCAGUUUACAUGAAAGCAACAACGCUUUCAAGGCCU